CUACACCUGGGGGUGCACCUUCUGUAACUUCAUCUGUGUAAUCUGAUGGAUAAGGUAACGAAGUUGGAUCAAUUCUAGAUGGUAAUUCUGCAUUAUUUGUGCUAUUUACGUUACUCUUCAAAUUUAAAUCAGAUUUUGUAGGAAUGUUAGUAACAGAUGGCUAGUAUGAUAUUAGUAUGAUAUAUACAAUAUAAUAUACACUCACGUUCGUUCCACUGAGGUUAUCAUCGAAAUAUUCCUGUCUGGGUGGAUCGUCGUCGUGUAUCUCCAUACUAUCUUUCAGAGAUGAUGAUGUUUGUUAUUCAAGUGAUAUAUUUCAGAUUAUUUUAGAGAAUAUCUAUAACUAUUAGCUGAUAUUAAGUAUCUCUUCAUUUAAAUACGAUCAUCAUGUUUACGAGGAGAUUAUUACUGGGAUUAUCUACAAGAGCAACUAGAGCAUCUAUACCAAAUAAAAGCAUUUACAAACCAACAGAUUUGAGAUCAUACGCUCAACAGACAUCAACAAGCAGCAACGCCGUCGAUAAUAUGGACAUGCACACCUUCCACAAACUCAGCGAUAAAGUUUUCGAUUCUCUCACAGAAGCACUCGAGUCUGAGCUCGAAGAGGGUGCUUUCGAUGUAGCAGAGACAUCAGAAGUUGAUUACAGCUCAGGCGUCCUAACCUUAUCGCUUGAUAAGUACGGUACAUACGUAAUCAACAAACAACCACCAACAAGACAGAUAUGGGUGUCUUCUCCAUUCAGUGGCCCACGUAGAUACGAGUAUGACAUUAAACUAAACACCUGGUUAGACGUAAGGGAUGGUUCCUCAUUAAAUCAAAUGCUAGACGAGGAACUAUCACCAAUAUUCAACAAGCAACUGGAAGUAGGUCUUGGUUGGAUGGAAUGAUUUGUACAUUUGAGUUAUAUAUAAUACAAGAAAUCUAUUUAUGCCAUGCUAGUCAUUAACUCGAUGUCUCUUUAAACAGGAUAUGCUUCGUCAAUAUCAAUCGAUUCCUCAGAUCCGUCUGAGCUAAUCUCAUCCUCAUUAUUAGUAAUGACGAUCGGUCCAUCACUGUCGUCAUCGUCAGUUUCAUCUUCAUGCCCAUCACCAAAGCUGUUGUCUCUCGCAAAUCUCAUCAUCACAUCAGCGACGUCAUCUUCAUCUAUAUCAUCGUGUUCAUCGACCUCUUCAUCCUCCUCAUCAUUGCUAUCUGGCUCAUUCCAAAUGUCGACUUCCUGAUCUCUUCUAAGUAAACUAUCGAAAAAGUUUAAAGUGAGUGGGUCUUCUUCUACAGUACCCUCCUCAUUCUCGUAUGGUGACGUAAGUAAAGCCAUCAAGAAAUCUCUUCUUGAGCUCCGCGUUUCGUUGCCCAUUUUUCUGCUCUUUGGAGUUUCUUUCGCUUCUAGAUUGUUUGUGAACGGCGUAGGUGUGUGCAUUUUUAUUAUCUUCUCUACACCUGAUGUUGCUACCAAUGGUAAUGUAGGAUGGAUCAUUGCUGAAUUCACUAUACUUGCAUGACCUUCUAGUCUAAAGGCUGGUCGGUUGACUAUAGUCGGUAUACAUACAUCUUCGUC